UACUAUAAAUGGACAGAAUGGACAUACGUUCGUUGCGCAAACAUGUCUUAACUUACAGCUCGUAUAGAUUAUGUUCUGCCAAUAUCCAAGUGCUACAAGUUUUUUUCUAUGUUAAAUCGUUAAUAUCAGCAGUUUUUGUUCGUUUAAAUUUAACACAUGCAGAUAUCUAGUCGUGCGUAAAACCGUAUUGUGCGUAAAACCGUUUUGUGCGUAAAACAUAAAAUAAAGUUGUGCACAGAUGGAGCAGGGUGCCGUCCCGGAGCGCGCGUUGCCGCUGUGCAGACGCUUGUGUUACGCAGUGGGUCACUUUCUGAAUGACCUGUGCGCCUCGCUGUGGUUCACGUACCUGCUCGUGUACCUCCACGCGGUGCUGGGCUUCCGGAGCACCGCGGCCGGAGCGCUGCUGCUGCUCGGGCAGGUGGCGGACGGAGUGUGCACCCCUCUGGUCGGGUACGAGUCCGACCGGGUCCCGGGAGUCAAGAGGCUUGGGAAGAGAAAGACGUGGCAUUUACUGGGUACAGUGUGUGUGCUGCUCUCCUUCCCGUUCCUGUUUAACCCGUGUUUGGCCUGUAGCUCCUCCACGCCUGAAUGGGCUCAGAUCCUGUACUUCUCCCCUUUCGUCAUCCUGUUCCAGUUUGGAUGGGCCUCAGUGCAGAUCUCUCACCUGUCACUCAUCCCAGAGCUGGCGUCGUCAGAGGGAGCCAAGGUGGAGCUCACAGCGUUCAGGUACGCCUUCUCUGUGGUGGCCAACAUCACUCUGUACGCUGGGGCCUGGCUCCUGUUUCACUUCCAGAGAAACGUAGAUCCUGAUGCUUCAGACAGUCUGGGCCCCGCGGACAUCCCACUUUUCAGGAGUUUGUCCCUGAUCAUGCUGUGUAUUGGGGCUGUCUUCUCUCUGAUAUUUCACAUUGGGACAAAGGAAAACGUGACCAGUCCUGAAAAUGAAAGGCUGAUCCGAAACUCUCAAGUGACAGACUCUCAGAGCACCGAGUUCAAGUGGAAACACUGGCUAAAAGAGCCUUCGUUUUAUCAAGUGGCCUUCCUCUACAUGUGCACCAGGCUCAUAGUGAACCUCUCUGUCACCUACAUGUCUGUGUAUCUCACAAACUCACUCAUGUUACCAAAGAGAUUUAUAGCGACCAUCCCUCUUGUGAUGUACGUCAGUGGGUUUGCGUCUUCUCUCGCCAUGAAACCUGUCAGUAAACGCAUAGGAAUCACAACGACGUACCUGGUGGGUGUGCUUCUGGUGUUUGGGUUUGCGGUGUGUGUGUUUGUGGACUGGUCGAUGGGAGCUCAGAGAGUUUAUGGAGCUGCGGUGAUGUUAGGAGCAGGUUCAGCCGUGAUCCUGGUCAUGUCUCUGUCCAUGACCUCCACACUCAUCGGAAAACACACCCAAAGUGGAGCUUUUGUGUACGGCUCCAUGAGUCUCACAGACAAACUGGCCAACGGUCUGGGGGUCAUCCUGAUCCAGAGCCUGAGACCCUGCAGUUCGGAGCAGUGCUGUCCGGACUGUGUGUGGUUCUACCGUGACGUCAUGGUAACGGUGACAGGGGGCGUGGCCAUAGCGACGGCGCUCUGUCUGCUUACCGUGUUCAUCUGGCCAAUCAGAAUAAGGAAGAAAUAAGAAGGCCAGUGUUCUUUUAAAUGAAUCUAUUUAUGUCAUUGUUUACAGAAAUACACUUUGGUUCACUUUUAUGCUGCGAAUUGUUAGUUCAUUAUGUAAAUGUGUUUUAAAUGAACAAUAUUACCUACAGAGUUAUGUCAAAACAACUAAAAUAAAGCAUGUGUUUUACGUUUUAA